UUGAGAAAUCCCGAUUUGGCUUUCAUUCAUUUUUCAGAUGAAAAAUCCAAAUGUACAUUUUUGAAAGGUUUUGAUGAGUUUAGAAUCAUUGUAACCAAAUGGCGAGAUUUAGUAAAUUUAUCCGUUUUCUGAUGCCUGAUUUUAAAGUGCUGGUAAAAUGAAUUGGUGCUUGGUAUUGCUUAUUCACUCUAGUUUCUGGCUAGCAGUCCUUCAGAAGAGAAUCUAAGCACAAGCACCGCUUAAUAUUUCACUUUCAGGCUCUCCUCCACUCAUCUCAUAUGUACUAUGAAGCCAAACAUGCAUUUGCGAACCAUGGUGUCAAGUUCUCUCAGCUAGAAAUUGAUCUUCCUGCCAUGUUGGCUCAAAAGGACAAAGCAGUAUCAGGCCUUACUCGUGGAAUAGAAGGCCUCUUCAAGAAGAACAAAGUAAACUAUGUGAAAGGCUAUGGCAAGUUCACCUCUCCCUCUGAAAUUUCAGUUGACACACUUGAUGGAAACAAUACCAUCAUCAAAGGAAAAAACAUCAUUAUUGCCACCGGUUCUGAAGUCAAAUCUCUCCCUGGAGUCACCAUUGAUGAGCAGAAGAUUGUCUCAUCGACUGGAGCUCUAUCUUUACAAAAUAUUCCAAAGAAGCUUGUUGUAAUCGGGGCAGGCUACAUCGGGCUGGAGAUGGGCUCAGUUUGGGGACGUCUUGGAUCCGAAGUGACUGUUGUUGAGUUUGCACCAGAGAUUGUACCCACCAUGGAUGCCGAGAUACGAAAGCAAUUCCAACGCAUGCUUGAGAAGCAGAAGAUGAAAUUCCUUCUCAAAACAAAAGUUGUAGGGGUUGACACAUCUGGAGAUGGUGUCAAGCUCACACUUGAAACUGCGGAUGGUGGCAAGCAAAGCACACUUGAAGCAGAUGUAGUUCUAGUUUCUGCUGGUAGAAUCCCUUUUACAGAAGGACUCGGCCUAGAACGGAUUGGCAUUCAGACAGACAAGGCUGGAAGGAUCACUGUUGAUAAAAAGUUCACAACUAGUGUUCCUGGAGUUUUCGCCAUUGGGGACGUGAUACCAGGGCCCAUGCUCGCUCAUAAGGCUGAAGAAGAUGGCGUUGCAUGUGUGGAAUUCAUUGCUGGAAAACAAGGCCAUGUUGAUUAUGACUUGGUGCCUGGAGUUGUGUACACUCAUCCAGAGGUGGCUUCUGUAGGUAAAACUGAGGACCAGGUGAAGGCCACUGGAGUUGAUUACCGUGUGGGCAAGUUCCCGUUUUUGGCAAACAGCAGGGCAAAGGCUAUUGAUGAUGCUGAGGGUAUUGUAAAGAUAAUAGCCGAGAAGGAAACCGACAAGAUUCUUGGCGUGCACAUAAUGGCACCAAAUGCUGGGGAACUUAUCCACGAGGCAGUGCUCGCAUUGCAUUACGGAGCUUCAAGCGAAGACAUCGCUCGCACAUGCCAUGCCCAUCCGACAAUGAGCGAGGCAUUGAAGGAGGCGGCCAUGGCUACUUAUGACAAGCCCAUUCAUAUCUAAUGUGAGUCUGUUUAUUUCUUUAUCUUGCAAUUGUGUUGAAAUAAUUCUGGGAUUAAGUAAUAGGAGACCUCAUUUAAAGUUAUCAUUUCUCUUGCAAUAUUCAUUCGAGAAUGAAAUUUUGUGGGAUCUUUCUCUUCUGCUCAUUGAGAAUUUUUUUUUUUUAAAUGUCUGAAAACUGAAUGUGGGUAUGUAAUCCAAUGGUGAUAUUUAUCCACCGAAUGCUUUUUUUA